AAAUGAAAUUCAAAAAUAAAUUGGCAAAGCGUUGCGUAGUACAAAAUUCGAAAUUCGUGAGUUGGAGUGCUGCGACCAGCCAAUGCACCGAUGUCCGAUGAGCAAAAGCUGGCCAGCUUUAUGCAAAAGCAUGGCGAGCCCGAGGAUGUGGCGCGUCAUUAUCUAAGCACCAACAACUGGACACUGGAGCAGGCGAGCCGCAAAUACGAAUCCGAUCGCAGCAUGAAGCAGCGCAGCAGCGUCACCAUAGCCACGAACCAAGGACUGCAGUCGCUGGAGAGUUUGUUCAGCCGCCAUGCCCAGCAGCCGGGCCACGAGCCGGAUGCGUACUAUGCCGGCGGUUCCGAAAGCUCGGGCCAGCAGAUAUUGGGUCAAUCCAGCGCCAAGCGCGUGCAGAUUGAAAACUCGACGCCAGCGCUAACAACUGUGGACAGCGAUCGCAGCCUGCGCGCCUGGGGACAUGGCGUGCGUCUGGGCAGCGCACAUCCCAUCAAUCCGCCACCCACGCGCGAUGCACGCGACGCCGCUGCGGACACAGACUCGGAGCUUACGGAGCCAGAGCAAACGAUGGUGGUGCUGCAUCUGUGGUCCGAAGGCUUCUCAUUAGACGACGGCUCGCUGCGUCUCUAUGAGGUGCCCGAGAAUGAGCGAUUCCUGCGCGCCAUUAUGCGUGGCGAUUAUCCCGACGAAAUGCAGCAGCUGGGCCAACGCAUUGAGCUAAGCAUACAGGAUCAUACAAACAUCUCAUUUCGCCAUCUAUCGCGCAAACAGUUUAUGGGUCCCGGUCGCGCUCUAGGCAGUCCAGUGCCACCCACCAGCACAGACAACACCCCAACAACAGCAGCUGCUGCUGCUGACGCCCAGUUGGCCAUCACGCUGCCCCAGCAACAGCAGCUACUGGAAUUGCAUGCAGAGCGUUCGCUCCAGUUGAAUGUUCAAGCGGCUUUGACCACCAUUCAGUUUCGCUUAGCCGACGGCAGUCGCUUGGCUGCUCGCUUUAAUCACACCCACAACAUAGCGGAUCUGUAUCGUUAUGUGCGCCUCGCCAGGCCGCAAUAUGAGAGCUCCAACUUUAUGGUCAUGUCUGCCUUUCCACGCGUCGAGCUGCAGGAGAGCGACACGCGCUCGCUGGCCGCCUGCAAUUUGCUCAACGUGGUGCUCACUCAGCAUAUAAUUGAGCAAAGCGAAAGUCAGAAUUCCGUAAAUAAAUAAUUACUAAAUAUUAAU